AAAUGGGGAACUCUGGCUUGAAGCAGCAUUACGAAACUGCAAAGAAAACCGGAACGUUAAAAUUGUCAGAGAGGAAACUCGACGAAUUUCCACAAAAUCUACUAGCUUUGUCGCCACUGUUACGAACAUUGGAUCUAUCGGAGAACAAAUUUGGUCAUAUACCCGAUGAAAUUGGGAAUUUCACAUUAUUAAAGCAGUUGAAUCUUAAUCACAACAAAUUGACCACUUUGCCCGAAGCACUUGGAGCAUUGACCAAGUUAGAAUGUUUAAACGCAAGUUCGAACCAAAUAAAAAGUAUCCCUUGGUCUUUAUCUAAACUAAUACGUUUGAAACAGGUCAAUUUAUCUGACAAUCGUAUAACCGAAUUUCCCCCCAUGUUUUGCGAGUUAAAAUUUCUGGACGUAUUGGAUUUAUCGAAGAAUCGAAUUACCGUAAUUCCCGACGCGGCUGCGGCGUUACAUGUGGUUGAACUUAACCUCAAUCAAAAUCAAAUAUCGACUAUAUCUGACAAAUUGGCGGAAUGUUCGCGCCUAAAAACGUUAAGACUCGAAGAAAAUUGUCUACAACUGAGCGCGAUACCUACCAAAAUUUUGAAAGAUUCCAACAUUUCCGUUCUCUCUGUCGAAGGAAAUUUAUUCGAAAUGAAGCAAUUUGCUAAUCUCGAUGGUUAUGAUAACUACAUGGAAAGGUAUACUGCGGUAAAAAAGAAACUGUUUUGAGAAUUAUUCUAUAGAAUAUUUAUUACGAAAUUUGUUAUAGAUAAUAAUAAUAAUUACAUAAUUAUAUUAUGACGUUGAAAACAAGCCGCAUCGUGUUCGCGCAAUUGUAUUAUACUCGAUAUCUGCGAUAGAGUAAUCAUAAAAAUAAAAUUCGUAAAUUAUUCGUGAGAUAUGAACGUUUUUAAUAAAUUGAUGAAUGCUUCUACGGAGAAGCAUUUUUAUACUUAAAAAAAGAGUGUGUGAGAGAGAGAGAGAGAGAUACAUUCAUUAGUAGAUGAUGAGCUCGAUAUACGAUAUAAAAAUAAUGUACAUACCAUAUAAACCCCUUUAUCUGGUAUAACAUUCAGGAUUUCAGUUUUUAUUUUAUGGAUUAUAAAACGAUGUCUUGAUAUAUAUUUCGUGUUGCGGUAUAGUUCUUACAGAAAUGAUCAUAUAUACACAUAAUUUAUGGAACGUUAGUAGAACAUACAAUAA